GGGGAUAGCUCAGAGCCUGCUGAAUCAAGCAAUUUAGCAGGCAAUAAGUGCCUGCCGUGAAUUCCACGGAAGAACAAAUUAGACCCACAACUGCAAACACAAGCUCGACUCCAUUAGUUGCUGUAGAAUCUUCGCCUUGGCUUCUUUUUGGCCCCAGCGUACCGCCUACUGGCCCCUGGAGUUUUGUCUGAAAGAAACCCCAUCAAACCAUCAUCCCCGCUGCUUAAUCUACACCCUCACUUAAACCCUGAAAUUAUCUCCAGCAGAAGAGCAUUCAGAACAGUGUCUGCUUAUUCAAAAACUCGAAUUUUUUGUAUUCAAACUUGUGCUUAUGUCCAGAGGAACAAUAUUCUGAAAUUGGUAGCGCAAAUGGGAAGUUCGAUACAGUUGGUCUUUGGGGCGGUGCCCUGCCACUAUACUACUACAAAGUCAUAUUUUACAAGAUCAAGUUCAUAUUUUUCAGUCAAGAACUAUGUGAAAGGCAAAUGGGAUAAGGAUAUUCUGUGUGAACAGCUAAAGGGUCCUGUAGAUUUUCAAGGAUGCUUGAGGGUCCAAGGACGUGGUGCCAUCAGCAGAUUAUACAGUGUGGGGAAACUUAAUAGGCGUUUGGAGACUUUAAGUUGUAAAUGCCAGAGGACUGAGAGUGUUAGUCAGGCAAUCGUUGAGGUUGGAAGCGGGAAAUCAGUGAAUGGCAUGUCGGAGCCUUCGAGUUUGCAAAGUUUGGAAGGGCCUAAACUGCUGAAUAAUGAGAAGACAGUGAUUACUUCUGAUGAUGAAAUUGCUGCAGCUUCGGAAAUGAGUGACACGUUGCAGGGUUUUGGAAUUAAUUCUAUUGAGGAUGAAGCAUGGAACUUGUUGCGAGCAUCCAUUGUGUAUUAUUGUGGUAAUCCUAUAGGAACAAUUGCUGCAAAUGAUCCGAGUGCUGCUAACAUUCUCAACUAUGAUCAGAUAUUUAUCAGGGACUUCAUACCUUCUGGGAUGGCUUUUCUGCUUAAAGGAGAGUAUGAUAUUGUUCGGAAUUUCAUUCUUCACACCCUUCAGUUGCAGAGUUGGGAGAAAACUAUGGAUUGUCAUAGUCCAGGUCAAGGAUUGAUGCCUGCCAGCUUUAAAGUGCGUACUGUUCCACUUGAUGGUGAUGAUUCUGCAACAGAAGAGGUCUUGGACCCAGAUUUUGGAGAGGCAGCAAUUGGUCGGGUAGCACCAGUUGACUCUGGACUGUGGUGGAUCAUAUUGCUACGAGCUUAUGGGAAGUUUUCUGGUGAUCUUUCAGUUCAGGAGCGAGUUGAUGUUCAAACAGGGAUUAAGAUGAUUUUGAAGCUAUGUCUUGCAGAUGGUUUUGACAUGUUUCCUACUUUGUUAGUUACUGAUGGUUCUUGCAUGAUAGAUCGCCGCAUGGGAAUUCAUGGCCAUCCUCUGGAAAUUCAGGCAUUGUUCUAUUCUGCCUUACUUUGUGCUCGUGAGAUGCUUGUUCCUGAGGAAGCAUCAGCUGACCUUAUUAGAGCACUCAAUAAUCGUCUCGUAGCAUUAUCGUUUCACAUCAGAGAGUAUUAUUGGAUCGAUAUGAGGAAACUCAAUGAAAUAUAUCGCUAUACGACUGAAGAAUACUCUUAUGAUGCAGUUAACAAG